AUGGUCGCUGAAGCUUCUUCCCCUCUCGUAGACCUACGGGCUCAAGUUAUUGGUGAGUCGUCUGCAGCCAUCACACGAACCCCGGCCACUAACAUCACCUCCCGUUCUGCAGAGAACUGCGAGUUCUUUAGCGGGACUCUUGUCCGGAUUUCGUUGGUUGUCGCCAAGGAACCCUUGGGUACCUUCAAGGCCAUUGUGCUGAAGACCGAGAACGGCACCCGAGAGGCUGUCCUGGCCGAAACGGCGCCAUCGUACGACAAUGCGCUGAAAGCUCUUCUUAUCAAGUCCGCCGAGGCAGUCCAGAACUACAUUAGCACCAAUGGUUUUGCUUUGCCGUCCAGCGUCAAGAAGCAGAGCCCCAAGCCCAGCCGCUAUGACGACAGUCACGGGAGCGAUUCGUCCACCGUGACACUGGAUGACUGCGAGUCUCUCUCCGAUGACGAGACCGUCUCUAUUACCUCAAUCGGCAGAGUCAAGCAGCGGAGGCGCCGCAAGGCGGAGAGGGCAGCAGCCAAAACGAGCUCCGGGAAGCACAAGACGAGACAGGGCCGCACCAGGUCCCGCUCGCCCUCCUUUUCCACGACCAGGGCUCGUUCGCGGUCAACCUGCUCCAGCUCGUCCGGCUACGAGCUCCAUUACGACCCACCGGCCCCCCCAUCCCAACGACCGCCCUUCCUAAACGCCUUCCCCCAGCGCAUGCCUCCCCGACCGCCCCAGAACACAUUCUCAACCCUCCCCAUGGCCCCUCCCCCGCCACCACCGCCCCCCGCCGGCCAUCAGAAACACCCUCCCAACGGAUUCACCCCAACCAUGAGCAUGCCACCACCGCCCCCUCCCCCAGCCCCCUUCUCCUUCACCAACAAGCUCCCCCCCAACCCACCCCAGCCCACAGCGGUCCUCACCAUCCCCCCAACCUCCCCCACAACCAAUAACAACAACAACUCCCCCACACACCACAACCUGACUACCACCACCCCCCAAACCACGCGCGACCUAAUCCUCCACAUCCGCUGGCGCCACCACGGCGAGCGGCGCACCCUCGAACAGAUCCCCACCGGCAGCCCCAUCACCGCGCGCCGGCUGCAGCAGGCCGCGCUAGCGUUUGUGCGCCGCCAGCCCGCCGCCUUUGCCCACCACGUGCCGGCGCCGGUGCCGUCGGGAGGAGGUAUUCCCCCUCCUCGGCCGCACUUGCCCAUGGGGGGAUUGCGGGCCGCGGUGAGGGCGGUGGUGGUGGAUGGGGUGGUUUGUGAUGUGGGGCAGUGGGUGGGGGACGAUUUGGGGCGGGUUGUGGAGGGGUUGAGGAUGAAUGGGGGGGGUGGUUUGGGGGGGGGGCUUGCGGCUGCGGCGGGGAUGGUGAGGUUUGAGGUGGAGGUCUGGAAUGAGGGCUUUGGGGUUGGGGUUGGUGGUGGUGGUGGUGGUGCUGCUGCUGCUGCUGCUGCUGGUUCUGUGUCGGGUUGGUUGGCGAGUAAUGGCAGGGCUGUGACGGGGUUGGGUUCGCCUGGUGGUGGUGGUGGUGGUUCGCAUGGCGUGGGUGGGUCUGGGCCGGGACCAAGGAUGGUGUUUCCGUCGCCGGGUGGGAUGGCGUCGAAUUAG